AUGCCUAGCGAUGCUCGCGAUGCUGAGCGCAGGCAGGGCCACGAACGUGACGACAACUGUUGUCUCAAACUGCCACUUCCGUUUCCGCCCUCAUCUUUAUCCUCCCAACAGGCUGUCAUGUCGCAACUCUGCCCCAAUCAUCCCGAUCCCGACAGUGUGGCGCUCGAGUGGGCUCGUCGCAUUCGCCAUCGCACACCAGCCCCCCAGUUGGCCUGCAGCCUGUUGCAGAAGACCGAUCCACAGCAUCAUCAUCAUCAUCAUAAUCAGCAGCAGCAGAAGUGUCUGGACGAUCUGCCGCCGGUUGCCGAGGCGGCUACGUCUCCGAGGAGUCGUCCGACAGACCUGCCCCCCCCGAAGUCGUCAAUGUUGGACAAGCCGGACCGACGGCGCGGUAGCUCCGUCUCCUCCGUUCGGCCGCAGCAACAACAGAGACGGCAGCGCCACCGCCGUCCGGCGCCUGCGCUCUUGCAACCGGCCGCCAUACAGGCCGACUUGACGCCCGUCGGGCAGACGAUCCGAACGUCUGUCGACGCGGUAGUCGCUGAGGAGGACCAAACAGCGCCCACCCGACGACCAGCCGGCCCGGCCGGUUUACUGUCAGACGCCGGCGAUCGUCGGGCCGGCGGAAACUUGGGCGACGAUCAACGCGACAGCGGUCUGGACGAGUCGAUCAGUCUGGUGACGACCAGUCGAGGCAGCGACGACGGCCCGGUCGGUCAGACCCGCCUCGAGAUGGCACCGUCGGGGCGGACGGAUUCGUUGGUCCGGCCAACUCCGGUACCAACGGACCCGGCCACGGUGCCGAGCAGCCGCCAGUCCGGUGGGACUGAAGACGCGGAGGAGUGUGCAACCAAGCCAGUGGGGCCGAUGACCACGGCAACAGCAGCAUUUGUGGCGUUGACUCGUCCGGCCAGACACGAUUUCGUCGGAGGCCGAUCUGAAGAGGCUGAGACGACAGCGUUCGGGCAGACGAGUCAGACGAAGCAGCUGCUGAAUCCAGCCCUGUCUGAGGAGGAAUCGGAUGAGCCCCGGACUGAGGCGUCAUUGGUGAACCCACGGACUUUGAUCAAACUCACACCUCGUGCACAGGCAACCCACUACACCGGACAGAAUCGGUUCAAGGGAGCUGAGAUCAAACUGGGCGAAAGUCUUCCCGACACAAGGCCGACUCCUCUUGCUCUACCCUCACCUCCGACAGCUCCAUGA